GUGCAGUGAAGAUGUUCUGUACUACGCGUCAGAGAGGCGCUCCAGAGGUUCUGCCACGGAAACAAGGUGCUGUAAUUGUGCAUAAUGAAAUGAAGGUGAUUCAGGAAGAACAACAGAUAGCAGUGUGGUCUCAGUGCUAGAGUCCCCCCAACUGUGAGAAGAAAAGUGGUCAUCAUGAUAGACCUGAGCCACCUGAGCGAGGAGGAGCAGGAGAUGAUCAUGACGGUUUUAAAGAGGGAUGCUGAGCUGAAGAAAGCAGAGGAGGAACGGAUCAAGCAUCUGCAGAAAGCCGUCCCAGAGGAAGACAAACGCAAAUUUAUGUCAGGAGAAUGGUUCUACGAAGCAAAGUCACAGAGACACCAGGACAGGAUUCAUGGCUCUGAAAUCAUCAUGGCAUCGAUGAAGCAAAGGAAACCCUCAGUUGUUGAGUAUUUAACCAAGUCGUGGGGCGGCAGAUCCAGAAGCAUCAGCCGAAAAGAUAGUGAUGUCAACAUGACGUCUCCUAAAGUCACACAGACUACUGAGUCCUCAGAGCAUCUAAAAGAGAGGGAAAAUUGUGAGACAUUAGAAGUCCAGCAAGAAAAACUAAACAUCGGCAUGAGAUCGCCAUCCAAGCCAAGGCACAACCCAUUUAACAGUGUUCCAGUAGAGCUUGAUUUUGAGGAAACUGAGAUCCACUUUACAUCAGGACCUGGUCUCAGGAAAUCAUUAGACAGAGGCUCUGAUUCACAAGUAAAACAUCAGGAAGCGAGUCAUGGUGUAGGUAAUAGUGAGGUUUUUAACACCCCACACAACAAACCUCCUGGUCAAAAGCCUGUGCCAAAGAAGAGGACCAAAAUCAACAAACCACAGAGCUCUGUCUCAGACAGCACCAAUUCUGUGUCCAGCCAGGGUGUAUCCACCACAGCAGGCUCAGGUGUUAGGUCUCCACCACCAAGAAGUAUCCCUAAACAUAGCUCCAAUGAGCCCUCUCUCAAGAGCCAGCUGCGACAACCAGUAGCAUCCUUAAGCUAUGUUCGCAAAAACAGCAGUCAAGAAAAGGAUCUUGAAGAAUCUAGACUUUCUCUGGGUAGUACAGAAGAAUCAGGUAACAAAACUGAAAACAAAGAGCAAAUUAGCUCUCCUUCACCACUGAAGUUGCCAAAGUCACGUUUACCAGUAAGAGCUUCAUCGCAACUGAUAAACCUUCCACAAAGCUUACAAGAAAAGCCAAAAAUAAAACCACGUCUAAGUCUGAACUCUAUCACAAGAGGAGAUGAUGUCAAAAAAGUGGAAGAACAUGUAAAACAAAGAAGAGAAACACAUAGUUGCCUUCCUCAGACAUCAAAUAUGGAAUUAGAGGGCCAAAAGAUUUCUGGUGAAAUUAACCUUCCACGUGAGAAUGCAAUGUUCACGUUGACUGACAACUCUGCAAAGCCACUGGAUGAGAUCACUGCCCUUCAACCUACAAUGCACAAAUCUGGGAAUGUGGAAAAUCAUAUGAGUCUGUAUCCAACAUCAGAAACGAUAGGAACUGAAGAAAAUAUGAAGAAAACUGCUGUUGAUCAACAAUUUCCCAGAACCCUCAAAAUAACAGAUACAUUCAACAACACAGGUGCCUCAACUGACUGUGAGACUGACAGUAGCCCCCUUGUCUUCAAUAUAAAACAAAAUACUAAUAACUCAAAACAAGAAGAUGCCAAAAUGGAAACCAUGACAGAUGAAUAUAUUUCCACACCUACUGAUGAACCAGGAGAUUCCAUUGCCAAAGUUCUUGAGUGGUUUAGCAGAAGCUCAGACAGCAGUGAUAGGCUUGAUGUAGAGAGCAAUGUCCAAGACAUGGAGGACGACACCAAGAUCGAUGACAUAGACUUUGAAGAUGACAUUGAUCAGAGAGCAAAACCAAGAGAUAAUGUGUACUUAAUCAUACCACGCCAAAGCGAAGAAGUUCCAUCAGAAGUCAAUACAAUAUUUCUACAACAGACAGAUUGGGGAAAGGAACAGAAUGUUGAGCCUUCCCAUAAUUCUCCAAAAGAAAAGAGAAGAUAUGAAUCUGCUUCUUAUAAAGAACCUCUCAUCAAGAAGCCUUCUAUUGACUCUGCUUUUACUGCAAACAAUGUGCCUCCAGAGAUACCAGAAGUUAAUAUUUCUGUCAGUGGGAAAGUUAGUCUAAAUGAGAACAAAAUCAAGAGAGAGGAAGAGACUAAAGUCAAACUUGAAAUCACUGACAUCAAGCAGACUCAAAAUCAGUCAAAAGAAAUAACAGGUGCUGAAGAGAACCAGCGACCAAAGAUUGCCAAUUUGAGAUCUUUCUGGGAGAAAGAAAACAUUGGACCAAAGAUUUUGAUCGGCAAAUCUAGUGUACCUGCUAAAAAUGAACACUUAAUCCCUAGUGAUAAUUGUGGAAAGCCAACUGAAGGUGUAGAGGAACAACAAAGAAGUGAGCAGAGAUUGAAAGUAACAUCUCCAAGACAUCAGAAACAAGAGAGCGUUGGAGAAGAUGUAGACCUUGAGCAUGUUGGAAGUGGUAACACCACCUAUACCCCUAAAGUACCCAUUUUUACAGAUGAAUCAGAACCCCCAUUGAUAUAUGCUAAUGAGAAGACCGACCAAAUACAUGCAAGCUUUCCCUUAGAGAAAGAUGUUCCAUAUUUAAAAUCAUCUUCGCCAUCCCUUGACAGUGGUUCCUUGCUAGCAGGUCAAAAUGGUGAUAGCAGAGGCACCAUUAGCAUCAACAGUAAUGAUGCAGAUCACACUCCUCCAAAAGAAUUGGAGGCAAAAUCAAGAACCGCGCCAAGGACAAAUCAAGUGCCUUUUGUUAAGCAGAAUUCCCAGCAAGAGAACAUGGCAGAGAGGAUCAAGCAACUCAAGUCCUUUUGGGAGAAAGAAUCUAGAACAUCAGCAGCAGUUCAAAACAAAUCGACUACUACUACUCGAAUGAACCAAAGAUUUACAAAAUCUGAGUUUGAUCUCAGAACAAUAGGUACUGAUUAUGAUGAUUAUGAUGCUGAUGAUGUUGAGGACAGUACCUCUGCCAGAGGUAGACUGUCUCCUAAUUUUUCGAUGCAUCCACUAAGGAAGGAUAAGCCAAAUGUAAUGGAUGGUAUGAGCACUUCACAGUUUAAGAACCUCCGUGACUUCUGGGGAGGAUCACCUGCAAAAUCUGGGCAAAGAUCACCAGUUCUUGAAAGUGGAAAUCAGAGAUCCUUAAGUCCACAAAGUCAAAAUGAAAGAGCCAGUGUCAAAGACUUUGUAAAUGAAAGCCAUAAUAACAAAACAUCCUCGCCAGCCAAAACCAGAGUAUUCCAGUCUCCCUCAAAGAAGAGGAUUAUGUCAAGACAAGAAUCUGGAUCAAAAACCGAUCAGUCGCACAUGAUCUCCUCUUUAGAAGCCACAAUGGUACCUAAACCUCAGGUUGGUCAAGAGUCACAACCUAAACAUGGUAGAAGAAAUAGCAAAGGCAGUCUAAAUGGAAAAGCAAAUGCCAUGAGACGUGCCGCCAGUAUGUUUUCUGUGAACACUGCAGUUGAGGAGCAAAGCCAGGACUUAGAUCUUCUGUCCAAGAAGUCCCAGGGCCCCAAUCUGCAACAAGUUAAAAAGGCACCAGAAGCCAUCAUCACACAGUCCAGAAAAACACAGGAAGCUAGCUAUACCCUGCCAAAAACAUCCCCAGAAAUCUCUUGGAGAGACAGAGACAAAAACACUCAGAGAAGACCAUCACGUACCUCAGAGGAUUCUGACUCCCAACCUCUUGCUAGAUCCUUCAUUCCGCGGGACUACCAGCAUUACCUUGGCAUCACAGAGGACAGAAGGAUGUACACUCCACCUCCAGUUACAGAGCAGGUUGACGAUCUUAUCUGCACUUCAUUUACGUCAUCUCCAGAGACACACCGCAGCUGUAAAUGCUCCCCUGUGAAAACCAGUACUCCAGUACAGGGUUCCCCCGACCUACAAACCAGGAGAGGGAGCCUGGGAUGCCACUCAACCACACAAACUGAUGGAAAUGCCACUAAGGGCAAUUUAAGCCGUGAAAGUGAAAGUCCCAUUCAGAAAGCUUUGAAACGAGCUUCAUCUAGACCAGUGUUCCAUAAAAGUAUGGAAGACAUCAGCACUCUUCCGAGACAAGACCAAAAACAAGCAAAUGACUACAUGCAGAGCAACUACGAUGACUCUAGCACACUUGUCCAAACUUCUUUUGCCACAUCAGACCCAGUGCACCUGAAGCAACUCAGUAAAUCAGUGCCUUCAUUCCUGCAAAAAGAAAGUGAUGGAGGAGAAAGUGACUCUGAGAGCAGUUCUCGCAGCGGUGUACCACAAUGGAAUAACAGAAAAUUCACUGACUUCAGCAACUACUCUGGAUCCACCUCUCUGUCAUCUGUUAGCGGCAGUGUUGUGAGUGUGUACAAUAGCGACUACAGCAGUGUUGAUGUCCAAGGAAGCAUCCAGUUUUCACUCAACUAUGUGCACAAGUUGCGGGAGUUCCACAUCUUCGUUGUUCAGUGCCAGAAUCUAGCAGCAGUGGACACCAAGAGGAAUCGAUCGGACCCGUAUGUCAAGAGUUACCUCAUUCCUGAUCCCGCCAAUUUGGGAAAAAGAAAAACUGCUGUGAAGAAGAAAACAUUGAAUCCUACAUACAAUGAGAUUCUUAGGUAUAGAGUUCGAAUGGAGUACCUGACAUCCCAGGUACUCAACCUUUCAGCAUGGCACAAUGACACAUUUGGUCGUAACAGCUUCCUGGGUGAAAUAGAGCUUGACCUCUCCUCUUGGGAUUUUAAUGACACAGAGUGGAAACUUUUACCUCUCAAACCAAGGAAUCUGUUCUCUCAGACCACAAACAGCCUCCAGCCAUCUGACUUGAGAGGACAGAUGAGACUGGCCGUACGUUUCCUGCCUCAGAUUUCCCAAUCAAAAAACACUCCUGGCUCUGGUGAGGUGCAUAUCUGGGUAAAAGACUGCAAGAAUCUCCCUCUUAUCAGAAGUCCAGCUAUUGACCCAUAUGUAAAAUGCUUCGUACUCCCCGACACCAGCAAAAAGAGCCGUCAGAAGACUCGUGUGCUGAAGAGAACAGUCAACCCUGUAUUUAACCACACUAUGGUUUAUGACGGCUUCAGGGCAGAGGACCUGAAAGAGGCUUGUGUGGAGCUUACCGUUUGGGACCGUGACCGACUAGCCAAUCACCUGCUCGGAGGCCUGAGACUCGGCAUGGGCACAGGCAAGAGUUACGGAGUACAGGUGGACUGGAUGGACUCAACAGCAGAGGAAGUCGCUUUAUGGAGGAGAAUGAUGGAAUCUCCAAAUGAAUGGGUGGAGGGCAUGUUACCGCUGAGGAUGGUAGCAGCAGCCAAAAACACAUGGAAAUGAUCAAAUCACAUCUUUCAUAUAAUAUUUGUCCAUAUAUAAUAUAUUGCAUUUGUUAUGAUUUAUAGUAUAAUAGAUUAGGUUUUUGCACGUUAGGACUUUUUGGCCCCCAUUAGACCUGACAUCAACACGAGUUCCGUUUCCAGAUAUAUUGAUAUUCUUUAGCUGGAUUUAUUUAUUGUCUUCAAUCCUGUGUUCAGUAGGACUGAACAGAGACCAGACUGAAUAUAUUUAGCCAAUAACAUAUUACAUGAGAUCAUUUACCGAUUUCAAAAAAUGCUUUCAAUACAAGUAAGUUAUAAGCAAUGUCUAAAGGUGAUCCUUUUCUAAUGUUAUCUGUUUUAAGAGGUUACAGAUUUAUAUAGCUAAUGAGGAUCCCUUGAAACAUCAUAUAUUUUGAGUUUAAAUACCUUAUAAACUAUAGUAUAUGUUCAAGACUUCAAAAUAGUUUUGAUGAAGGUUGUUAAAUCAUUGCUGAGGACGUUUAAGGAUACCAUUUGAGGGUAAAAAAUGAAAUUCAAAGCCUUGACAAAAUGAUUCAACCAGGAAAGGAGGGAAACUGAAUGUGUGUAUUGUAACAAUCUGUGUGGGGGAAUAGAUUUGAUGCCAAAAAUGUGCAAAGUGGGUGACUGCUUUAUUUGUCAAAUACGCCUGUACUAACACCAGAGUUCACAGACACACUGUACUACAAGCAAAAUAAUGCAGGAUACUCCUGAUAAAUAUGCCAAAAGGAAAUGAAUAAACAAAGUUGGUUCACCAUG